GCGGCGGGAGGAGGCGCAGGCGCGCUGUUCGCCCGUCUGCAGCCCCGCGCCGAGCGCCGCGUCUCGGAGAGUUGAUGGCAGCACCACAGUGCGGCCACCCGGCCGAGCGCCGAGCGCAGCCUCCCGCCGCUGCCCGGGGAGCGUCCAAGAUGUGGGGGGACUGGGGCGGCAGCGGCCGCCGCGGCGCCAGGGACCGGGGCGCGCAGCAGCCUCCGCUCGCCCGCCUGUGCUGACCUGCCUCGCUUGCCCCCAAAGAAUGUCAGCCAAGUCCAAGGGGACCCCCUCCUCGUCCUCUCCAGCCGAGGGACCGCCGGCAGCCUCCAAAACCAAGGUGAAGGAACAGAUCAAGAUCAUCGUGGAGGAUCUGGAAUUAGUCCUGGGCGACCUGAAGGACGUGGCCAAGGAACUUAAGGAGGUGGUUGACCAGAUUGAUACCCUGACUUCUGACCUACAGCUGGAGGAUGAGAUGACCGAUAGCUCCAAAACGGACACCCUGAAUAGUAGCUCAAGUGGGACAACAGCCUCCAGCAUAGAGAAGAUCAAAGUGCAGGCCAACGCCCCCCUCAUUAAACCCCCAGCCCACCCAUCUGCUAUCCUCACUGUCCUGAGAAAGCCAAACCCUCCACCUCCUCCUCCACGGUUGACACCUGUGAAGUGUGAAGACCCCCAAAGAGUGGUGCCCACUGUCAAUCCGGUAAAGACCAAUGGCACCCUUCUGCGAAGCAGAGGCUUCCCAGGGGCACCAAACAAAAUUCCAAACGGAGACAUUUGCUGCAAACCCAGCAGUAACUUGGACAAGGCUCCAGUGCAGCCUCUGAUGCAUAGACCUGAAAAAGACAGGUGCCCCCAAGCAGGGCCUCGGGAACGAGUUCGGUUUAAUGAAAAAGUCCAGUAUCAUGGCUUUUGUCCUGACUGUGACACCCGGCAUCACAUAAAAAAUAGGGAGGUCCACUCACACGGCGAACCUGUCCACACGCCAGGAAAGCUUCCUCCCCAUGGCCCUGCCCAGCCUCCUCCCCCUCAUCUCCCUCCUUUUCCACUAGAAAAUGGGGGGCUGGGAAUAAGCCACAGUAACAGCUUCCCCCCACUCAGACCUGCACCUGUGCCUCCUCCCACUGCACCAAAACCACAGAAGACGAUCUUGAGGAAAUCAACCACUACAACAGUGUGAUGUAUGCCAUUUAAAAAAGUUUUUUGUUUUUUUUUAAAUUCUUAUAUUAUAAACAUAAAAUAAUACGUAAUGAGCACUUUCUACUCAAGCAAUAAAAAGCCCAAAUAUAUUUAUCCUGCAUUCAGCAGAGUGGCAUAAAAAUCACCGGGUAAGUAUGCAGUAUGUUGUUUAUGUCCUGGCUAUACACUGUUUAAGUUACAUCAUGAAACCGCAGAAUAACGGAAAAGCUGAAUAUAUUGUUUUUUCAAUUGACCUGUGACAAACUGUGACAUGUAGAUUUCAAAUAUUUUGAUUUACCAUAAGAGAUGGGAUUAGAUUCAUUUUAUUCAUACCUAACUCAUCUAUGCAUUAAGAACAUGCCAUACUCUGACCUAAUGCUUUUUAAUAAGAAAUUUUAAUACUGAAAGACUAUUUUAUUAUUUUUUCUAAAGAUGUUUGUCACUAGUUUUGCAUUAUUAAAUGCUGAGGAUAAUACCAGAACAUUUAUUUUCUAUACUAUACAAUUAUGACUAUAUGUUCACCUAUAUAUGUAAUGAAAGAUUUUGGUCUGUGGAAAUAUCAU